AUGCCAUACAAAUAUCAGCCACUUGAUGUCAACGACAUUCGACUGCUGACACUUCAUCCUAUCGCGAACGACGCCGACAGCUCGUCAACCAUAAUUUGCACACUUGAGCAUGUCGACUUGACUCAGGGCGCCGAUGUUAACCGCGAGACGCAAGCUUGCAAAGGAAGUACUUAUGUCUGGCCCGAAGUUCUUAUGCCCUAUGACUUUCGACCCCUGUUCAAGCCCUUGCAUUCAAGAAGAAGAUGCCUCCCGUUGCAAUUGCCCACAUCAUUGGGAAGUUCCGCAGAACCAGCUGGAAACGAGAAUGAGCUCCCCUGGCGUCGUACAUGGGGCGACUACGUUGUACUGUCGUACUACUGGGGUCCAGAAAUGCCAAAGUCAUCCAUCAUUCUCAAUGGCGAACCGUUUCAAAUCAGACAGAAUCUCCAUGAUGCACUGGACCUCCUUCGCUCAUGUGCACGGAUUCGCCAGGGAUUCAAGCUCUGGGUCGACUCUAUAUGCAUCAAUCAGGAUGACACGGCCGAACGCAACCAGCAAGUGUCGCGGAUGAGAGACAUUUACGCAUCAGCUUGGCAGGUCGUGACCUGGCUUGGACCAGCCCGGGGUGACAGUGACUUUGCAGUGGCGGCUUUACAGUGGAUCGCCGCUCGUAAACGGCCAUUUGGUCACACGAACAGUUUCUAUUAUGACAAUUUUGGACUGGGCGUGCUCGAGAUUUUUGGGAUGCAAUUGCGGCGGAGCCCGCCAUUGCGUGAUCGUGUGUACAAGGCACUUGCCAUGUUUUUCCUGAGACAAUAUUGGCAACGCCUGUGGAUUCUACAGGAAGUGGCAAUCGCACGAGUAGAUGCGCCUAUCGCUUGUGGAAACUGUUGGUUGACAUGGGACGUCCUACGGACGGCCUGUACCUUCAUCGCUCAAAACGAGAAGAGAUUUGGGCGCGAAAUUAUUUCAUGUCUUCGUCCAUACCAUGAGAUGCCGGGGAAGUUCGAGGCUGGGCGGGAUAGGGUGCCAUGGGAGAGACACUGGGCUUCUGAACGCAUGUGGGGACUUGUGCUUGAGAUAACCAAGCUGCAACAAGACCAGAGGGUCGUUUCGAACAACACCGGUGCUACUGACGUAACCCGGCCACUAUUGCUCGGAUUAGAGGCGCAAUCGGAGCUUGCACAGGAUCGAAUAUACGGGCUCCUCGGCUUGAAAGCUAUUGCGGACAGGACCGCCAUAACGCCAGUCUACGGGAGUUCUCUGCAGGAGACUUACAAGAAUUUUAGUUUGCAGCUCCUCCUUAAAGGAGAUCUAAAUACGCUACAGUUGGUUUCACGGCACUGUGUGGAGAUCUACCGACACCAGAGAGCAACACUCAGGUCCGAGGAGAAGUUGCUUUGUGGUUUCUCGGUGCGUGCUUUGUGGGAUAUAUCGGUUUACGUCAACAGCGAUCAUCUAAGAAGAGGACGCCAUACUGUUGGAACUACCUGUGUACACAGCCUACCAAGCUGGGCAAUAUGCAUGAUAUGUCGACCAAUUCCAACCGCGCGACUUAGAGGUCCGUAUCGAGCAGGGGGUUCCAGGCCUUCCCGUGUGGUCGCGAAAGCUGUGUCAAAUAAUGGUCUCCUAGUUCAGGGCAUGUUAUUGGAUGUGAUAACUUCAUUGGGAGCCUGCCAUGAGUAUGAGAUGGACGAAUCCUACCCAACAACUUCUCCCACUGGUCCUCAGCUGAAUGCAUACGGAGACCUGGAAGGUGCGAGAACAGCACUGUCGAGAACAAUCAUAGCCGAUACAACCGCACGAGGGAUUGUCGCUACCGCAACUAACAUGGAGACCCUUCUGAACGGCUACCUGUGGCGCUUCGGCAUGACCAUGACAUGGACUUAUGGAUUUUCUGUUCGAAAUAUUCUGUUGCGAAAUCGUGAGUUGGUUCUCUCUGGAUACACUCUUGAUCGGUUGAUUCCGCCCUCUCCACGUGAUAUGACCUUCAAUGAGUGGAUAGAUGAGUGCAGAGACCAUUUGGAAAAUGACCGGGCUAGGGAGGAGGCGCUGUCCUGGGCGGUAGACGUGCUUGCCUGGAGACGAUUGCUGUCCACGAAGACAGGAAGAAUGGGCUUGGCUCCGGCAGGGGCAAGACUGGGAGAUUCAAUCGCGAUUCUACUCGGCUGUGACAUGCCUCUGGUCCUGAGGCGGCGGGACAACGGCGGCUGGAUUGUCGUUGGAGAAUGUUACGUGCACGGUGUCAUGUACGGGGAGGGGACAGUACUUGGCCACGAUAAGUUCGAGGAGAUUACGCUUUAUUAG